AUGGAGAAUAACACAGAGAAUAAGUCUUCUCCAGUUACUGAUGUUGAUGUGAAAGCCAAGAAAGAGCUCCCAAAACUCACCCCACUAUCAUUGGCUAAGGAUGCAUGCUAUGUUGUCAAAUCACUUAUUGUAAAUCCAGAUUUUAGUGGAAGAAUAAUGUUUCCCUUAUUGAUUGCCGAAUCGAUUGGUUUGGAGGCCAUUAUAUUGAAUGUUCCAUAUACUGAAAUUGAUUUUUCAACGUAUAUGCAACAGAUUAGCCUUAUUGAAAAAGGUGAGCUUCAUUAUGAAAAGAUUAGUGGUGAUACUGGCCCAAUAGUGUAUCCUGGAGGCUAUGUUUGGAUUUAUUCGUGGCUGAAAACGUUUACUGGAGGUAUGGAGCACAUUCGGGUUGGGCAGGAAAUUUUCAGGUUUCUCUAUCUUUUGACUACACUUAUAACUUUCAUAUGUUACUUAAUGACCAAUACCAAAGUUAAGCCAUACAUUAUAUAUCUCCUACUUUUAUCCAAACGACUUCAUUCGAUAUAUGUGUUGAGAUUAUUUAAUGAUUGCUUUACGACAUUCUUCAGUACAUGUGCUAUUCUCUCACUAAUUGUCGCCACUAGGUUGAAGACCCGGAAUCCUAAUGCAGCUUCAAAAAUGUCAUUUGUAAUGUGCUUAUUGUCGUCUGAUUUCCUUGCAUUGGCAAUUUCGGUCAAAAUGAAUGCCUUGCUUUACAUUCCUGGGUUCUUGGUUAUUUCAUACUAUCUUUGCAAUGAGAAUCUAUUGAAGGUGUUGUUUGUUUGCUUGUUUGGUCUAUUUAUUUUCAUAGGGAUGAAUGCAACAUUCCUCCUUAAUAGUGACCCAGAUGUUAGAAAGCAAUUCAUAUCUGGGGCAUUUAACUUCAGCCGCCAAUUCCUAUAUAAGUGGACGGUGAAUUGGAAGUUUUUAAGUGAGGAGGUAUUUUCCAGUAGGCAAUUCCAAAAUAUAUUACUUGCAUGUCACGUCGGACUUCUCUUAGCUUUUCUUUUCUACAAAUGGUUGGAUCCAAAGACGGUGACUGGAGGUAAGUCUAAGUCAAAGAUGUUAAAGGAUGGAAUACUGAAACCAUUUCAAGAUACUAUUAGUCGCAACAAUAUUAUUUUCUCAGGUCGGUCGACUGCGUUCGUGUUUGACGUUAUGGCUAUCUCGAAUCUAAUAGGUGUUCUAUGUUCCAGGAGUUUGCACUAUCAAUUUUUGAGUUGGUAUUUCUUCUCACUCCCUUAUCUUCUAUUCCGGACAGGUCUACCAGAUAUAAUUAUUCUUGCACUUUUUAUUAUUCAUGAACUCUCCUGGGAUACUUACCCUUCAACACCAUUAUCAUCUGGUGCGCUCGUUACUGUUUUAGUGCUGGUAGUUUUGGGAAAUCUUUUCCAUAAUCAGUAUAAGAGAAAGGUGAGUAAUGAAAAAAAGCAACAAUAA